GCAGAUGGAAGCCAGACUAUAUCCAGCUGGUGGUCAAAUAUAAGGCUUUCAUAAGUUCAAAGAGCGCUCCUUUGCCACUCCCCGCCACCGCCCUGGGUUGCGUCGUUUGAGCCGUUAUAACGUCUGUAAAGAGAAGAGAUCCAGUUGGUAUCUUGAGGAUCGGUAUUUCGAAAAUUUACGAAGCUAUUCACCUCCGUGUUGCGAUCCUUUGCACUUCAUACACCAUGGCUGUCAUGGAUGCGGUGGCAGCUUAUUGGGAGCACAUACUUGCGACUUACGACCCAUACACUGUCGAUUUUGUUGGCACCUUCAUUGUUCAAGUCAUCUUCUGGUGGAUUCCAUGCGUCCUCUUCGUCCUACUCGAUUCCAUUGCGCCGUCUUUCUCCGAGAGACAUAAAAUCCAGCCCGCGCCCAAGCAGCCUACGUCAAGCGAGAUCUUCCACUCCAUGGUAGUCUGUAUUCGGAAUCAAAUCAUUGUCUUUGCCCUCCAUGGCGCUCUGCUAUACGCAACCUUCGCCAAAGGCCUUCCUCCAAGCAUCAGAGUCGACCCUAAGCUCCCUUCUCUGGAAGAAUUCAUACGAGAUCUAUUCAUCAGCGUGCUAGCCCGCGAAGCCCUCUUCUACAGCUCCCACAGGAUCCUUCAUCUGCGCCCGCUGUAUAAACGCUUCCACAAACAGCACCACAAGUUUACAGCCCCCGUGUCGUUUUCAUCUCAAUAUGCCCACCCGGUGGAGCACAUCUCGGCCAACGUGCUGCCCCUUUUAUUACCACCGCUGCUUCUGAAGUCGCACAUUCUGACCAUGUGGGUGUUUGUGGCCUUUCAGCUCAUCGAGACGUCAACGGUGCACAGUGGAUAUGACUUCUUUUUGGGAGCGGCGAAGAAGCAUGAUCGGCAUCAUGAGAGGUUUGACGUGUACUUUGGUGGUAUUGGGCUUUUGGAUUAUGUUCUUGGAACUGAUGAGCCGGAAGAUAGGAGGAGAGAUAAAAAGGAUUGAAAGACAGAGUUUGAGAGCUGGCCUUACCGUUGGAUAUUACUGGUACUCGAGAUCCCAACACUUCAAUUGACGCUGUAAUUUUGGC